AUGUAUAACAUCCUCUCUCACCCCUGUUGCCGUCUCCCACCUCUCUUGCCUACUUUCACCCCUCUUGCUUUCUCUCACCCUUCUUGCCUUCUCCCUCCCCUCUUACCUUCUCUCUCCUAUCAUACCUCAGCGCCUGCAUCCACAUCCAGCAGUGCUCUCUCCUCAGGAGCCAUAGCAGGCAUAGUGGUUGCAGCACUUGUUGCUCUCAUCGCUCUGUUCGUCUUCGUCAUCCUCAUCUGCUUCUACUUCCGCCGAUCAAACCAUGGCACGACUACAAAUCUUGCCCCCAUGCAAGCCUCCUCUGUUGUGCUUCGUCUUCCUGAUUGCCCUCCCACCUUUCCCUCCCUCAUCAACUCACCCAUCUCUCAGGUGGCAGCCAUGGCACAGCUAAAGCACCCAGCACUGGUGCCUCUGCUGGGGUAUUGGAUUGACUACAACAAGGCAACCCGGCAGAUGGAGCAGAUCAUCGUGUCUCAAUUCAUGCCCAAUGGGGAUCUCUCCCAGUGGACCAUGCCAGGAGCCAAGCCCACGUCGCUGUGUGUGAGGCUGGCGGUGCUGGUGGAUGUGGUGGAUAAGCUGAGCUUCCUCCACAGCUGCCGGAUUGUGCACUGCGAUGUGAAGCCGGCCAACAUGCUCCUGGAUGCAUGCAUGCAGGUGAGCCUGGUGUAA